UGUGUGCGUGCCGCUGGGCGAGUCUCCUCCGCGUCUGUCUCCGUAGUUGCUUUUUUUCAGAGAAAAGGAGAAGAGAAUUAGCUCUGGGAGAAGGGCCGUCGCCAUUAUUGGGAAGCUGGAAAAAAAACACUUUCACACACGCCAUCUCUUGUUAAAUUGAUAAGGACGUUACCAAUUUGUUGCAUUAGGGCUGUUUAGAAGAAACAUUGUACAGGAAGUGCAGCAACUCGACCGGUGUCCCGUGCAUGAUCGAUCCAGUAUGAUGUUGCCACAACAAUGGGCAUAAUAAUUCGUCAAAAGCAACGUGGUGAAGCAAGGAGAAGACGGCGAAACAAGCUUUUAUACGCCUUUCAUUUUUAACAAGGAGAGAAAAAGAAAAAUGUUUUUACCUUUGUAGUUUUAUUAUCACAAAAAAAGACAAACAGAUCAAUGGAUUAGAACACCAUCGAGAUGUAGAUUUACAAUUAAUAUGUAAGUAAACAAUAAUAACCUACUUAGUUCUGUCUGGGAAUCAGAAGAGCCACGUUAUUUUUGUUUCUUAUGUACAUGCAUAUCAUGCGGACAGGGCUGCGGCAAGCGCUGGCCUGACGGAUGCAGGGAGAAUGCGAUGGGUCAUAGCUACAUUAGGAAUGACUGAGAGAAGCCUCUGUCUUUGCUACACCCCUGCACUGUUGUUGAUAGAACAUGUAGCACACUAGAGGAAACGGCAACUAAACUUCAUCCCCAGUGCCACUUUAUGGACACACGUCCAAGUGUACUCUCUGAUCGAGUGCCUGAUUAUGGCAGGAUGAGUGUCAGCUGAUGAUAAUGAUGGCGAAAAAGCAAGAUGUUAAGUCACCCACAUACAACCUUAUUGUGGUGGGUUUGUCAGGAACUGAGAAAGAGAAGGGCCAGUGUGGAGUGGGCAAGUCCUGUCUGUGCAACCGCUUUGUGCGCCCCAGCGCCGAUGACUUCUAUCUGGACCACACGUCAGUGCUGAGCACCAGUGACUUUGGGGGUAGAGUGGUUAACAAUGACCAUUUCCUGUUCUGGGGGGAGGUGGGGCGGGUGGUAGAGGAGGGGCCGGAGUGCAGGAUGCAUGUGGUGGAGCAGACAGAGUUCAUUGAUGACCAGACGUUCCAGCCACACCGCAGCACUGCCAUGCAGCCCUACAUCAAGAGGGCGGCCUCCACCAAGCUGGCCUCUGCAGAGAAGCUGAUGUACUUCUGCACGGACCAGCUGGGGCUGGAGCAGGACUUUGAGCAGAAGCAGAUGCCAGAGGGCAAGUUACAGGCUGACGGGUUUGUGCUCUGUAUGGACGUCAGUAGGGGGAUGAACCGCAACUUUGACGACCAGUUGAAGUUUGUCACAAACCUUUAUGGUCAUCUGAGCAAAACAAAGAAGCCCAUUGUGCUGGUCUUAACCAAGUGUGAUGAGGGGGUUGAACGCUACAUCAAAGAUUCUCACACCUUCGCCAUCACUAAAAAGAGUCUUCCAGUAGUGGAGACAUCUGCACGCUCUAACAUCAAUGUUGACCUAGCCUUCCUUACUUUGGUGCAACUCAUUGAUAAGAGCAGGGGCAAGCCCAAGAUCAUUCCUUACUUUGAGGCCCUCAAGCUUCAGAGUCAGCAGAUAGCCUUGGCUAAAGACCGAUACGAAUGGCUAGUCAACCGCAUAGUGAAGAACCACAACGAGACCUGGCUUAACACCAGCAGACGCAUGCACACCUCUUCAGAGUUCAAUGAAUACGUCUUUCUGGAGGGUACAGCAAAAUGCAAGAAGCUCUUCCAGCAGCUGGUGUACCGUCUGAAACAGGAGCACAUUGAGAGACGUCGGAAAAUCUAUCUGAGCACUCUUCCUCUAGCACUUAGCUCCCUGGUACCUGACCUGGAUGAGAUCGACCAGCUGAGCUGGUCUGGGGUUCAGAAGGUCCUGGAGUCCAAGCAGCACUUUGCCCACUGGUUUGUGGUUCUGGAGGACUCUCCAUGGGAGGACACGUCUCACAUAGACAACAUGGAGGAUGAGCGCAUCCCCUCAGACCUGCUGGAAACGUUACCAGCCGAGGACAUUUUCGACGCCCACCUGGAGCACCUGAGGAAUGAGUGCAAGCGGGCUGAGAUGAGGCAGGAGUUCAAGCACAAGUUGGCCUGUUCUCCCUUUGUCACGCCUGGCAAGCCCUGGGAAGAGGCCCGCAGCUUCAUCAUGAAUGAAGACUUCUACCAAUGGUUGGAGGAAUCAGAGUACCUGGACCUCUACAACCGCCACCAGAAAGAGAUCAUCGGCCACGCUAAAGAGGACUUCCAGGAGCUUCUGCUGGAGUAUUCCGAGCUCUUCUAUGAGCUGGAGGUGGACGCAAAGCCCAGCAAGGAGAAGAUGGGGGCCAUCCAGGAGGUUUUAGGGGAGGAGCAGCGGUUCAAAGCCCUGCAGAAGCUUCCAGCUGAGAGAGAUGCUCUGGUAUUGAAGCAUAUUCACUUUGUCUACCACCCCACCAAGGAGACCUGUCCCAGCAGCCCACAGUGUGGAGACUUCAGGAUAGAGCAGCUCCUGGCCUUACGCUUCCCAACAUGCUACCCAUUCUUCAACGUGAAGUCUUAUUUUGGGGAUAUUAAAGCGGACCGCAUCAACCUUGUGAUAUUGGGCAAAGACGGACUGGCUAGGGAGUUUGCCAAUGAGAUCAGAGCUCUCUGUACCAAUGACGACCGAUAUGUGUUGGAUGGGAAGAUGUAUGAGCUCACCCUGCGACCUAUCGAGGGCAAUGUACGACUUCCUGUUAACUCCUUCCACACUCCCACCUUCACACCCCAUGGGUGCUUGUGUCUGUACAACUCAAAAGAGUCCCUAACCUACGUCGUAGAAAGCAUUGAAAGGUUGCGGGAGUCAACAAUCGGUAGAAGGGACAGCCAUAUAGCUCAGCUUUUAACAUCUCUGCUCCUGGUUACUAAAAGGGGUGUAGGGACCUAUGCAGAUAUUGGUGGAGAAACUGCUUUAGGUCUGAUAACACAGGGACAGCAGGUAGCAAGGAGAUUGCAGUGUAGCUUCCUCGACCCGGCUUCACCUGGUGUGGGCUAUGGGCACAAUGUGAAUGAGAGUCAGAUCAACCAAGUAUUGAGAGGUCUUCUGGACUCUAGAAGGAGCUCAUCUUUCAGUAGCAGCUCCCCACCUCUGCCCCCUCAAACUCCAGGUCCCAGAGACUCUCCUCACCAGCCCAGCCCAGAGGCAGACAUCCGCAUCGUCAUGUGCUUGAUGUGUGGAGACAACUAUGACGUGGAACAGCUCCUCUCUCCCUUCCUACUGCCUCAGCACUGCAGGCCAACAUCCAACAGUGGCACCUCGGUGAUACUGGAGCAGACAGUGGGGCCUCACAAACAGGUGAUUGAGCUCUCUCUCCUUUCCUACCACGCCUCCUUCUCCCUGAGGAAGAGCAGAUUAGUGCAUGGCUACAUCGCUGUGUACUCAGCCCGCCGUAAGGCCUCUCUGGAGACCCUGUGUGCCUUCCUAUGUGAGGUCCAGGACAUCAUUCCUGUUCAGCUGCUGGCUGUGGGGGAGAGCCAGGUGGAGCUCACAGAAAGUGAGUCUGCCAGAGAGCAGCUGGUCCAGGGAGAGGAGCUGGCCCAAGAGAUAGAGGGCAGGUUCAACAGUGUGGUGUGUGGGUCAGGAGGGGUGGUGGGUGGCCUGCACAGGAUGGAGAUGUUUCAUCCCUUCCUGAUGGAGGUGGUGGAGAAACGCAACAUCGUGGAGGCCACUCACAUGUAUGAUAACGUGGCUGAGGCCUGCAUUAACGAGACUGCCUACUCCCCUCGCUGUAGCUCACCCAGCACUGGCACUAUGUUCCUAGACUCUGACAUGGAUGACGUGGAGCCAUCCCCACCUUACUACGACGGCACACUCACCUCCCAUGGUGGGAGCCUCAACCUGCCUGACCUGGACUCCAGCGAUGUCUCUAUCAUCUCUGACAUCAGCUCCUUUGAGAACAAGCUCAAUAGCAAAGCCCCGCCCCAGGUGAGACCCAAGCCCUCUGUGACCUUUGACUUCCGGAAGGUGGGCAGAAACCCCUACAACACAGACACCAUGGGUCACCGUCGCUCCCUGCCCUCCGCUGUGACAUGGGUGCCAGGUGGGGACGGAGGUUACGACCCCUCGGACUACGCAGAGCCCAUGGAUGCUUUGUCCAAGCCCCGGCCCAGCAACGAGGAGAUCAUCUACUCUGUGCCCCAUGACAGCACGCAGGGCAAGAUUAUUACCAUCCGCAAUGCCAAUCGGAUGCACGCCAACGGGAACGGCUCAGACAGUGAGGCGGACAGCAGCUCCCUGGAGCGCCGCAGGAAGUUCUCGGCGGCGGGGGUAAAGCCACGACUCUACCGCGACCGCUCUAAACGCCUGGGCAAGUUCAGCAGCUUCCGCACCAGCUUCAUUGGCAGCGAAGACGAGAUGGGGGCUCUGCCAAAAACCAAGGAGGAUGAUUUCGGAACCCUGAAAGGAGACAUCAUCAAUGAGGAGGGAGAGGACCCCAAGAAGAGGAACAUUCUGAAGAGCCUGCGGCGAACUGCCAAGAAAACCAGACCAAAGGCUCGGUCCUCUAUUCCCAAGCCCCUGGAGAGCAGCUACUUCGGGGUGCCCCUGGUCAACGUGGUGUGCCCAGACAGACCUAUCCCACUCUUCAUUGACAAGUGUGUCCGCUUUAUUGAGACCACAGGUCUCAACACAGAGGGGCUCUACAGGGUGAGCGGGAACAAGUGUGAGAUGGAGAGUAUGCAGAGGCAGUUUGACCAGGACCAUGGGCUGGACCUGGUGGAGAAGGACUUUGCCAUCAACACGGUGGCUGGGGCUCUGAAGGCCUUUUUCUCUGAGCUGCCAGAGCCCCUGGUGCCCUGCAUCCUGCAGGUGGAGCUGCUUGAGGCCUUCAAGAUCAACGACAGGGAACAGAGGCUGUACACCAUGAAGGAUGUACUGAGGAGGUUUCCCAGGGAGAACUAUGACGUCUUCAGAUUUGUCAUGAGCCACUUACACAAGGUGAGCCAGUUGAGCAGACAGAACCUGAUGACCAGUGAGAAUCUGUCCAUCUGUUUCUGGCCCACUCUGAUGCGGCCAGACUUCACCACCAUGGAUGCCCUGACGGCCACGCGGACCUACCAGACAAUCAUCGAGACCUUCAUCCACCAGUGUGCUUUCUUCUUCUACAACCAGCCCCUCCUGGACUCCCCCACUGGCCUGGCUGGCCUCCGUGCCUCCCCCACCACCACCCUCACCGGGGGCUCUACUUAUUCCUGCUACCACUCCUCCCCUCCCUCCACCGCCACGCACUUCAGCCCCCUGCAGCAGUCGCCACCCACCACCCCCCAGUCUCCCCUGCAGUCCCUCCUGACCCCCCUCCACCAACACCCCCACCAUACCCCCACCGAGCAAGAGACACUGUGAGAGACACUGAGAAGGGAACAGAUGCUGCACCCCUGAUCUGAUGCUGCUGCACCCCUGAUCUGAUGCUGCUGCACCCCUGAUCUGAAUAUGCUGGACCUUAGUCACUUACACACACACACACACACACAAAACAUACAUACUGAUAGUACAUUGUUCGGUCGUCGAUAAUAACAUGUUAACAGAGAGAGGAGACGAUUAGUGUUUGACAAAUAAACUUGCCACUUGUGAACAGCAUCAUGCUAACCCGUCCCUGUCACCUGUGUGCCAAUGCAGAUCACCAUGCUGACCCGUCCCUGUCACCUGUGUGCCAAUGCAGAUCACCAUGCUGACCCGUCCCUGUCACCUGUGUGCCAAUGCAGAUCACCAUGCUGACCCGUCUCUGUCACCUGUGUGCCAAUGCAGAUCACCAUGCUGACCCGUCCCUGUCACCUGUGUGCCAAUGCAGAUCACCAUGCUGACCCGUCCACUCCACCCCCUAUAGCCCCUGAUAACCUGACUCUACCUACGACUCACUCACAGGAGGGCUGGGGGCAGAACAGAGUGGGUGUCAUUGUUACAGUAAGCAUCUCUCUGCCAACCAACCGUUCUUACCCUAACAAUACACUAUGAUUUUUAAAAAAAAGUCCAAGCCUCCAUGUCAAGCUGGAAGAUAUGAUUUGUGCCCAUCACCAUGUUUUUAUUUGCGAAUAAUAGUUUUUAAAUGUUCUGUUUGUUAAUGAAAGUAGCCACUGGAUGUAUGGACUGUGCCUCUCUCAGGGCUGUAGUUGGUAACGUACACACAGCCGUGAGGGGAGCCUCCCUGUCUGCCUGUAGGGCCCCUGCUAGGGGGUUGGGGUGGGGACAUCCAGGGAUGCCCUUUAAUGGUCAGAAUGUUGUAGGGGUUUUGUUUUUAAAAGGGGUUUGUUAGGUCAGAAUGUUUUAGUGUGCCGAGUUCACAGCUCAAGGAACCAUACCCAUUGCCUCUCAUAAGGGUCCUUUGCAGAUCAAAACGUUGUUUACAUCCAAACCCUUGUUUUUGUAUCCUCAUACUUAUCUGAAGCACUUUUAAAUUGUAGUGUUAAGUUCCAUGAAAUGCAACCUUGAUUAAUUGACUAGUUUGUUUUAAUGUCCGGGUGGGCGUGGCAGUAGUAAAGAGACUCGUUAACACGAUCCUGUUAUUAUAUGUGUUCUUUUCGAGGAUUCAGGGCUCACUUUAUAACCCCAUGGAAAACCCAACCAUUAAUAUUGGUUUCAUAUUCCUUUUAGCCAUGUUAUAAAUAGUUCUGAGCAUGCAGGUUUGAAUAGCCUGGAGUUUCCCCUCUUUUAAGGACUGCUGUUGCUUUACUGAUGUUUUGACUAAGGAAGUCACCUGUUUUGAGUGGUAGUGUUUAGGAAAGUGAGUUUGAGCCAGGGUCAGUUAAUCAGACCCUUUGGGAUCCAGGAGAGGAAUACUCUUGGUUGAGAUGUCAGAUCCACUCCAUAAGUUAGGGGUUGAUGGCCACAUUGAAGAUUGAUUAUGGGAAUGAUUGACAGUAACAUCAGACAGUAGCAUGACAAGGGUGAGGUUAGUCAUACUGGGGGUGGCAGGUAGCCUCGAGCUGACAAGGUAAAAAUCUGUCGUUCUGCCCAUGAACAAGGCAGUUAACCCACUGUUCCUAGGCUGUCAUUGAAAAUAAGAAUUUGUUCUUAAAUAAAUGAAGGUAAAAUAAAUCAAAAUACCAGGCCAGGCCUCUACACGUACCGUGUCUGUUCCACUGUGCUAUCUGGUGGCCAUGGAAACCACUGCCCUAUUGCAAAAUGAUAGGUUGCUGGAUAUGUUGCUGUGGGUAUCUAGCCAAUUGAGCUCUUUGUACUCAUCUAAUAUUAAGGACCUUAAACUGAGGCAAGGUGUGCAUACAGAAAACACUGCCACUGCAAUUAACUACAGUACAGCAAUAACAGUAUAGUAUAUCCUAUAGAGAUGGUGCACGUGUGUCUGGACUCAUGCUCAGGAAUGUCAACAAAGCAAGAGUAACUACUGUAGCUCCAGUAUACUAUGGGGUUUAUGUUGGUCUUUAUCUGUCCUCUCUCUUGUAGAAAACAAACAUGCAGUCAAUGUAAAGUAGUUGAAUGAAUACUCCUACUAUAUUCUGGGUUCUUCUAUCAGAUGAAUGUUGACCCAUGAGAGGAGUGCCACUGGCAUCUUGAUGGAGGAUUGGCCAGGAAUCAUGGCUGUACUCGAUGUCAGCCAUCUUGGAUGUUGCUCAUGCUGCCAAUUCAGAACAGAUCAGUCAAAGCUUUUGGUUGUAAUGAGGGUCAACUAAUUAAUACUUGGGAUCACUCUCUGGUACUUAUCUUUGGGGUUUUCCUGCUGUGGGAGGCAGUUAUCUCUGAUUGAUGGACUAACGCUGCAGUGACUCCUCACCCAGUCCAGGGCAGUGCAGUACAGUAUUACCAGACGCACAAAAGAUCAGAUUGGAGAUGGAUAGGAAAACAAACUCCCAGUAGAAUGUGUCUUUGGCUAAGAGGACCUAUGUGGCUGCAUCACUUCAUUUUCUACACAACUCUGACAGAUCUGCUGGGAAAUGGUAGAGAAAAAGAAGAGGACUGCUGUCCAAACAAUAGUAAAAUGGUUGUUUAUUUGUAUGUUAGGGGGUCUAACACUUUGCCCUUUAGUCAAUGGUAGAAAACAUUUUUUGUGUGUAUUUCAAUGAUUGAAAGUCAAUUUUUACAAUUUUGUGAAUGGUUUAAGGCCACUUCAGUUUAGUGCAUGAUUUAAGAACACACCAAGGGAGAAUGUUCAACCAUUUUCAUGAUUUUAAAACAUGACAUUAGUGUGAGAUCAAUGAAAGUGAAAUACAGUAGCUUAAAACAAGUGAAAGAUGAAGUACUGUGCAUCUACAGCAAACCAUGGAAUUUGUCUGACUGAGAAUGGUGUAAUGAAGAUGAAGGCCUUAUGUGAUCUGUAUCAUAGUUAAUAAAUUAAAUAUCGUAAAAUUG